CAAUGGCGACCGACGACGAACGUGCUGCUGCUGAAGUUUUGAGAUCUUUGGCUCGACACCUCAAUUGUUUGAACGAAGACAACAAAAGCACAAGAAAACGUGCAAUAGAAUUCAUCAAAAAAGAAACGAUCGAUAAAGGGUUAUCAAGCGCUGUACUACAGGAAGUUUUUUCAUGCCUGUUGAAGCCUCUUCUGAAGUGUCUGUCAGAUCCUAUGGAAAGGUGCAGGGAAACCGCUAUUCAGAUGAUUGGAGACUUUGUGAGAUGCGUCUCAGAGCCAGAGGAUUCUCUGCCUUAUUUACUGCCUUCUUUGGCUCAGCGGCUUGGUGGGAAAGAGAUUCGAGAGCCAGCCGAGGAGUUACGGCUCUCUAUGGUUGAACUUCUCUCACUCACUGUCGAGGUUUGCGGAAGGCACCUUGCUCCAUACUUGGACGACAUUAUAAAAAUUCUUCAAAAAACUAUUAUUGACCCUUUUCCCGACGUUAAAAGGGAGAGUUGUAAAUGCACAAUACAAUUUGCCCGAUGCGUACCAGACCACUUCCACAUGCAGGCAGAGAGCCUGGUGAAGCCCCUGAUGCAGACGAUCUCUCACCAGCACACGCGAGUGAGGGUGGCGGCCACCGAGGCCACCGGCGCCGUCAUCCAGCAUGGCACAGGCCGCAAUGUGGAUGAUGUGCUUUCCCACCUGGCACAGCGGCUGUUUGAUGACUCGCCACAGGUGAGGAAGGCGGUGACUCUGGUGGUUGGUGACUGGCUCCUGCACCUCCGGGACAGAUAUUCCUACUUCCAUAAGCUCAUCCCACUGCUUCUGAGCAGCCUCAGUGAUGAUGUUCCCGAAAUAAAGGCCCUGGCAUGGGAGCUUUGGAGGCAAGUCGGCACUCAGUGGGAGAAGGAAAAUGAAGACGACCUGAAGGACAAAAUGGACUUUGCCUUGUCCACACCGUUCCUGUACCCACCCGGGGGGGAGCGUCCGGGCCUGGGCUGUCGGGAGCUGGUGGUGAGGAACCUGUCGCGGCUGCUGCCGGCCAUCAGGCAUGACGUGGGCGACUGGCUGGCCCCCACGCGUGUGAAGACCGCCCGGCUGCUCACCGUCCUGCUGCUGCACGCUGAGGACCACAGCACGCAGCACCUGCAGCCGCUGCUGGCCACUCUCUACCAGGCCUGCGCCGACCCCGAGCCCCACGUCCGAGCGCACUGUUUGGAGUCAGCCAGGUUGCUGGGGGUGUUUGUGAGCCCAGAGGUCUUCCUCAAGCUCCUGCUGGCUCACGUGGAGAACCCUUCCUGCUCCUCCAGCUCUUGGACUCCUCUGGCGGUGCUGGCUGCGGUGCUGCGGGGGAGCUCCAGGGAGGCGCUGCGGCCACACCUCCUGCAGGCCGGGGACACGCUGGCCCUGCCCGACGUCUGCCAGGAGUCCCAGCAGGCUGUGUAUGUGGAGCAGUUACUGGCCUGUGUGGAGGCCAUCGUGCAGCUCUGUGAGGAAGACUGCCAUGUCAUAAGCCUCCAGCUGCUCAAGGUUCUGGUGACUGUGCAGAGUGUGGCCACAGAGCAAGCGCUGCGGACCAAGGCGGAGGAAUGCGUGACAUGUGUGUACCGAGUGCUGGGUCUCAGUAGUGUGUAUGAGUUGUACAGACAGCACAUGGCUCAUCUACUCCAGUGGCUGUCCGAAUCGCUUCAUUCCUGCUCUGCAUACUCCAUUCAGAAAACCCAGUUGGAGACCAUCGCCUUUCAAUCUGGCCCUGUGGUUGGCGAGUUUCUGCCAGAGCUCCUCCCGUUGCUGCGGAAGUUCCUGGAGCCUGGCCGUGACCCAGAGGUGCACCUGGCCAUCUUCACCAUGCUGUCCAAGCUCCUGCUGAACAGUCGUGGCACGCUGGACUCGCAUGGGAGGUUUCAGGAGUACGUGGAGGUGUUCCUGCAGGAGCUGCUCUUGCCUCACCUAGUGUGGCGUGCAGGCCGCACUGCUGCGGCCGUCCGAACCGCUGCGCUCAGCUGUGUCCUGGCCCUCCUGCAGGGAGGUGCUGUCUCAUCAGAGCAGGCUCUGCGUGAGGGGGCGGAGCUCAGUGCUCGCUUGCUCUCCGCCCUGGAGGAGGAGUCUCAGCUGUCCCGUGUGUUCGCCUGCAGAGCACUACACUCACUGAUCAACCUUACAGCAGCAUUCCUACAACCUGAUGCACUCAACAAGAUCUACCCAGAGCUUUUAAAGCGAAUAGACGACAGCAGCGAGGAGGUGCGCAUCGAGGCCCUGAAGGCUCUGAGUGUGUGGUUCUCAUGUCUGGGGAAACAUUAUGAGACACACACCUACCGCCCUCACCUGGAGUUCCUCUUCCAGCAGCUGCUCUUGUACCUUGAUGACCCUGACCAGAAGGUCCAGCUCAUCGUCCUUGAAGUUCUGAAAACUGGCAGUGGUGUGGAUCCUGUACUCCUGCAGAAGGAAGUGGAGGUGGUGAGGGACAAGCAGCGUAGGACUGAGCACUGUGACCACUUACUCCAGCACAUACAGUCCCUGACCCACCCAGCUACUGACAAACAAGAACGCAUCUGAGACAAAAUGUUCAAAAUGUUCAGAAUGGUCUGUGGAGGUCUUUUGUUGGGAUCUGGGUGUUGUAAAUUCUAUGGGAUGCAGAUGUAAGUGUUUAUAUUGUUUUUAAUAUACUGUUUAGGUCACUGAAAUUUGUCAAUACAUAUUUUUUUAUUUUUUUUAUUAUUAUUUCUUUUUUAAAUUUUUUUUAUUUUUUUUGCUUCGGUAGCGUUAACUACUAUGCACUGUUUCAGGAUCUAAAAUGUUCCUUAUUGCUUUAAAUAAAUUACUUACUAUUUUAAGUGA